AUGGCUGAGGAUCUAGACACGAGCAAGAUCAAAAACUGGCGAUCAAUAAUUACUCUGAUUGUUUUCGUGAUAACUAAUAUUAUCGUGCUAUUCCCGUUCAGCGUACCGAUUUAUAUCCCACGAUGGCUCUACAAUGCGACGCUGGAUACCCUGAGUGCUUUGCGCAUAAUACCCUCUCGCAAACUUUCCCCAUAUAACCAAAAUGAGCGCAGCUUCUUGGUGCGACUCAACAUACCCCUCAACUUCGUCACUGCGCCCUUGGCAGCCGAUCUUUUCUUAUUGGCUAUCUUGGCUAUCGGGCGGAAAGAGGUACAUGAUGGAACACUUGGUGCCGACAACAUUUCUCCGAUUGAUAUCAUGGCGUUCUUCCUGACGCUUGCCUACAUUGCUAUCUCCAUCGACGCCUCUGGUCUAAUUCGAUGGCUCGCGUUCAAGGUACUCCAAAGAGGAGGUGGAGUAGGCCACCGGCUAUUUUUCUACCUCUAUGCCUUCUUCUUCGGACUGGGCAGUUUUAUCGGCAAUGAUCCUAUUAUUCUCUCCGGUACAGCAUUCCUCGCCUAUAUGACUCGAGUGUCGAGCAAUAUUGUACACCCGAGAGCCUGGAUCCACAGUCAGUUUGCCGUCGCAAAUAUCGCAUCGGCGAUCUUGGUCUCCUCCAAUCCGACGAAUUUGGUGCUUGCCGGUGCCUUCGAGAUCAAGUUCAUCGUGUACACUGCCAACAUGAUCGUCCCAGUGGUAGCCACGGCUAUCGUCAUGUUCCCGUUCCUACUAUACAUCAUCUUUGCUGAUGAGUCUCUUAUUCCAUACUCCAUUCAAAUGCAUGAGCUCUCAGAGGAAGCAAAGGCUAGGAAACCAGUCAACCCCAAUAUUCCCCACGCAAGGGGCAACGCUGAAGAAGAGGAAGAGAUGAACAAUGAAAAUGGCAAAUUGCUUUCUCUCGAAGAAAUCAUGAAUCCAUUUUUGGAUAAGGGAGGCGCUGCAUUUGGAGCAGUGAUUAUGGCUGCGACGCUCAUCACCCUUCUUGCGAUCAACGCCUCAAGCCAGUCUGGCCAGGAUCGUCCCGUGUUUUGGGUCACCUUGCCUGCUGCCUUCAUUAUGUUCUGUUGGGAUCUUGCAUCAGGUUGGAUCCAUAGACACGAGACGCGGGAAAUUGCCGCCAAGGGACGUCGAGAAGUGGAAGCUGCGAGGGCAGAGAGGGAACGACAAGAGUCACUUCGAAAUUUGCAAGAACAAGCUGAUAAUGCUAGUGUUCGUCAUAGGCGAUCAGGCACUCAGGAUAUUUCCUCGCAAAGCCCCUCCCAAAGCUCUGUGGACGGUGGUAAGGUCUCUCACGGUGACCCAGAAAGUAGCAGCGGCACGCGAGCUUUACCUGAUGACUACGAGAAGCGUCUAUCAGACCUGGAAUACUCUGGAGAUGAAACUUUCCAAAGGAUGCCCGUGUCGGUUGGGGUGAUGGAUAAUUCUCAUAAGCUCACUCUCAGCGCUUCGCCCGAGCCUCUGGAAGUGACCCCAACUUUCGCAGUAGACGAGGAGAAGAGGGACAAUAUGGACCUAAAAGAGACAAAUUCUCACCAAACCCUGGUAUCUCUUACAAAGGACCUCCACCGGUGGCUGCAGGAGACUUUUCCCACCGUCACCGUGGUGGUCUCGCAUAUGCCAUUUCCGCUUGUUCCAUUCGCGCUAUCCAUGUUCGUCCUCGUCCAGGCACUCGUUACCAAGGGAUGGGUGCCUGUAUUUGCUUAUGGAUGGGAUCAUUGGGUCAACAAGACUGGGACGGUAGGGGCAAUUGGCGGGAUGGGCUUUUUGUCGGUGAUUCUUUGCAAUUUUGCCGGUACAAACAUCGGCACGACUAUUCUCCUGUCUCGAGUCAUUCAAGCGUGGCAACAGAUUCAUCUCAACAACGGAAUUCCUAUUAGUGAUCGCACAUUCUGGGCUUCUGUGUACAGCAUGGCCAUUGGGGUUAACUACGGCGCCUUUAGCACGGCGUUCAGCGCAUCGCUAGCCGGUCUUCUAUGGCGGGAUAUCCUACAGAGAAAGCAUAUUCGUGUUGGGAGUAUCGAAUUUGCCCGAGUCAAUCUCCCCAUCAUUGCCAUCGCCAUGGCCGUUGGAUGUACCGUCCUCGUCGGCCAGAUCUACGUUAUGCGGAAAGAGACUCCUUAUGACGCAUGA